GGUAUGUAUCCUUUACUGCACAUACUGUUUGUUUACUUCCUAGCUAUUUGCAGCGAAAAUAUUUCCAGUUAUAAAAAUUCAAUUGUAUUUGUUUAAUCGGAUUCUCAGACUUUGUGGACUUUUUACUUAAUAAUCCUCUUUAUUUUUUUUUAGUAGUUUUAACAUCACUCAACCUCAACCCAGCGGACGAAACGCUGUUGAAUGACUUUAGUGCCUCCUAAUGAUGGAGGAGCAGAGGGAGGAGAGUGCUGGAAGGGAAAUGUCUGUAAAAGCUGAAGAGGAGGAAAAGGAGAACCUGGCAGCUUUAGACGCGGAGGAGGAAGAUGAGGAGGCUCUUCCUCACUCAGAAAUUCUGGAUAUUUUCGAGGAGGGACUUGCUCGACUCGUGCAGGACCCUUUACUCUGUGAUCUACCAAUUCAGGUGACUCUGGAGGAGGUAAAUUCUCAGAUUGCUUUGGAGUACGGCCAGGCGAUGACUGUGAGGGUUGUAAAAGCAGAUGGCGAGAUAAUGCCCAUAGUGGUGGUGCAAAAUGCCACUGUCCUUGAUCUGAAGAAGGCCAUUCGCAGAUUCAUGGAGCUCAAACAACAACGUGAAGGCGGAGUGAAAUAUAUCAGCUGGCGAUAUGUUUGGAGAACGUAUCUACUAGUAUUUCAAGGGGAAAAGCUUGAAGAUGACAAGAUGAGGCUUAAAGACUACGGGAUCAGGAACAGGGAUGAAGUGACGUUCAUGAAGAGACUCAGGAAAAAGUAAAAUGUCACAGCCAACAUUUGUCACAUCAGGAAAAAAACGUGUCCCUGCAAUGUUUACUUAAACUACCAGACCUUCACCAAGUAUUGAUGAUUAUAUGGCUUGUUGUAGUGUUUUGGGGCAGUUUUAACUUAUCAUUGUGCACAUUACAAACUGAGCAUGCUUCUUAAAGAGAUACAUGAACUCGUAAAGCUCACCUUUUCCUACCAGUUUACAGUAAUUUGUAUAGUUUUCUACAAUAAUGAAAAUAUAUUAAAGUUUUUUGAUUAUUA